UUGCAAUGGGAAAAAAGAAGCCUCAGUAAAGAACUGCACUUCCUUCUGAAUGCAACAAGGAUAAGUGGGAGUUUAUAGCCAAGGAACAGGGAAGAUACCACCGGAGGGAAAAUUACUAAGGGGAAACGUUAGGGGUAAGAGGGAUUCUGGCUAAAUCAACUUGAUAGGCUUCUUGCUGAAGAAAGGCCAGAGAGGUUGAAUGAGGGUGGAAUGAGGAAUUUUUGAAGGUGGGGAAUUUUCACUAAACUGAUUUAGCAGGAUAUUUGCUAAAACAAUCAAGGGGGCUAAGGACAAGCUCAAGAGCUAGGCCUCAUCAAACAUCGGACUCAGAGGGACUAAGGAGAGAGUCUUUGUCAAUAGCAGCAACUACUACAAAAUACAACAAAGGGAAAAAAUAAAAAAUGGAAGGCCUGCCCGAUGCUGCUGCUUUUGCAACUAAACUUAAAAACACUCUCAUCCAGUAUCAUAGCAUUGAAGAAGAUAAGUGGCGUGUUGCAAAGAAAACGAGAGAUGUCACGAUUUGGAGAAAACCUUCAGAAGAAUUUAAUGGAUAUCUUUUCAAAGCCCAAGGUAUUAUAGAUGGUGUUGUUAAUGAUAUCAUGGACCAUAUACGCCCAGGUCCCUGUCGCUUGGAUUGGGAUAGCUUAAUGACUUCAUUGGACAUUUUGGAGAACUUUGAAGAGAAUUGCUGUGUGAUGCGUUACACUACUGCUGGUCAGCUUUGGAAUAUCAUUUCCCCAAGAGAAUUUGUUGAUUUCUCCUACACUGUGGACUAUAAUGGAGGGCUUUUAUCUUGUGGGAUCAGCCUUGACUGGAGUGAGAAGAGAGCAGAAUUUGUUCGUGGAUAUAACCAUCCCUGCGGUUGGUUUUGUGUUCCACUUAAAGACAAUACAAACCAGAGUCUUUUGACAGGCUAUAUUCAGACGGAUCUGCGUGGGAUGAUUCCUCAGUCUGCAGUAGAUACAGCCAUGGCAAGCACUUUAAUCAACUUCUAUGGUGAUUUACAAAAAGCCUUAUGAAAGGCAUAAGACGUUUAAACUUGUAGUACUAUGACCCUCUGAAUCAACUCCUUCUUUCAGCUCCAUGGCCUGUAAAAAUCAUCACCCUUUUCUCUCAUCUGUAUAGCUUAUAGAAAAAUUUGAGAUAUUUUUAUGUUAUUUUAUUCCUAAAGUAAAUAGCUGUCUAAGAGAGGGCAUUGUAGUUUUCUUAAAUAGUUAUUUGCACCUUGUUUGGUAUGGCAGUCUGUGUGUCUACGAAUGGAGAGCAUGACAGAAAUCCACCUUGAAGUAAAUAACAGUUCUUUGACUCAAACUCUUAAGAAAAUGAAUAGUGCCUCAGUAUGAAUUUUUUGGCUGCUUUGAAUUUAGAGAGAGCACAAGCUUCAUGCCGUUAGGUUAAAAUAUCUAUUUUAGAGCUUUAUGAACAUUUUGUAAAAGUUCUAAUUUUUUUUAAAGUUAAAUAUUAGUGCUUUAGUUUUGGUAUGCUCUAUGAGUUUGCCAAUAUCUUAGACUAAAGAAAAUGCUCUUUAUAUUUUAUAAAUAUGAACUUCAUUAUCAACUGACUUGCACUGCUUUAAGUAUUGAAAAGAUCAGAAAUAAAUGGGUAGAUAUUAUAGUAACUAUAGAAUCAAAUCAAAAGCAUUUCAAUUUUGACACCUAGAUAGCAUUAUUUUGUGAAUAUCUUUAAAAAUAUGAUUGUCUUUUAUGUGCAUUUAUUUUGGGAGUCUUAAAACAUUUAUGCAUGAAAGAAACAGUACAAAAACUGCCAUCUAUGUGAUGGGGAUGCACCAUUGAUUGAACAGUAGUCUGAGUUUUGUGAAGUGGCUGGUGGUAUCCGGUAUUUAGCAACAGGGAAUCAUCUCUCUAGAAGGUCAAAUUCAAUGAAUGUUCUGUACAUGUUCCAGUUUUAAAAGUAUCACUCAACUCAUAAAAUAUUGCUACUUUAUAAACAUUCAUAAUUGUGAUGAAACUUUUGUCUGGAACUAUAACAAAUGCAUUCAGAGAGUCAUUUUGUAACUAGAAUGAACAAUAAUAAUUGGUCCCUUGAUUCUAUGGCUGCCUUAAAGGAACAUUCUACAUGAUUUUAAUAUCCCAAAUGACUCUGGCUUUUGAACUGUCCACCUAGUUUACUUCUAAAAUAAGAACUUGAGGCAUCUUAAUGUGUCCAGGCAAUCCUUUUUGUGUGUGUGGUUAAUAUAGGCAAAUUUUUGCAUGUAUCUGUUUGUGUACAUGCUCACAUCUUGAAAUCCAUUUCAGUGUUCAGUGUGAGUUCUUUCUGCAUUAUUACCAUUUUAUUUCCUUUUUGUGUGUGUGGUUAAUAUGGGGUAAAGUGAACUCUGGAAAUUCAUGCCAUUUAGACUACAAAAAGCACAAGAGCAUAUGGUGGUUCAGGUGCAUGAAGGUUUGAUCUGUGUUUUACUUUACUGUGUUUACCUGAGUGUAAAGAAAGUCUAGAUCCUCAGACCCAUUUUGAUAAAGUGAAAAAAGUUGAGCUGGUUUUUGUCUUUAUUUUUUUGCUAUUAGCAAUGAUGUUAAAAAAAUAAAUAAAUAAAAGGUUGUAGUACUACAUUAUCCAUGGUGAAUAUCUCACAAGUUUUAGAUUGAAAAUAAUUUGUUUCAAGAACUGACAGAAACGAUGUGUAAAUGAUCCUAUUUUCUUAACUUGAAAUUUAUUAAUCAAUAUUUUUUUCUAAAUUGGAACUUUUGAGUUGCUGGAUUUUUCUCCCACUUUUUUUUUUCUUCUUGUAAUAGGGAAAAAAACAUCAGUAGUUUAAUUUUUAGUUUCCCACGGAAAUUUAUUAAAUGUUAGUUUUGACUUAAUGUAUUUUUUUAUUUGGUUUUAUUAGUGUAGAGUAGGAAGUUUCUUAUAUUUAAGUAUUCUGUCUAAGAUGGAGAAAUAGCAACAGUUAUUCAGUUAUAAGGUGCCCAGACUGGGUAAAGGAUUUGCAACAAUAUUGUAUGUAAGGGCUGUGAUUGCCUGAUCUGGGAACCCCUAAACACAAAUGAACUGUCCAUUCUCUGUUACUCUAAUGUUCCCUUUGUCCUAUUCCACUUAUACCUCUGGUGAGUGAUUACAUAAUCCACUGCUUACUGUGGACCAACUGCAGGUAACAGGAUACUCAUAGAAAAAUUCUCAUUGCAAUAUUGAGUCAUAGGGAUUGAAAAUUUAUAUUCGAAUUACUUAAAAUUUAUAUGCAGUUUCUAAAUGGCACUUCAGAUCUACUGGGCUCUAGCUGUAUACUUAAAAACAAACAGCUUUAUUGAAUUUACAUGCUAUACAAUUUGCCGGUUGUAGGCAUACAGUCCAGUGAUUGUUUAGUACAUUUAUAGUUGUGCAGCCAUCAUCACAAUCAUUUUAGAACAUUUUCAUCUCCCAAAAAGACCCCUUCGCCUGUUUGUAGACUCAUAACUAACCAAAGUUUAGCACAGUUGCCAGUAUACAGAAGAUGAUGAAAAAGAUUAUAGAAUAGGAUUUUGUUUUGUUUUUAAGAGUAGAGUUGUAUUUGAAUCUAAGCUCAGGAACCUUGUGUUAAUAUAUUGAAAUACGUUAUCUCAAGUACCAUAAUGAUAAGAAUUUAAGGAUGUGGGUUGGGAUUAAAGAGUCUGCUGUUUCUAUAGCAUUGCUGUAGAAUAGAAAAAUAAUGUGAAGCCAUAUGUCAUUUUAAAUUUUCUAGCAGCGAUAUUAAAAAACAGCUGGGGUUAAUUUUAAUAAUAUAGUUCAUUUAAUGCAAUAGAUCCCAAAUAUUAUCAUUUCAACGUGCAAUCAAUAUUAAAAAUCAUUAAGCUAUUUUAUAUUCUUCUUUUAUAUGAAUGCCUUGAAAUCUGGUGUGUAUUUUACUAAUGUGGACUUGCCACAUUUAAGUGCUCAUUAUCCACAUGAGGCCAGUGGCCUGUACUGAAUAGCACAGUUCUAUAGUGCAUGUACUAAUUUGUUAUUCUAUAAUAUGAAGUAGAGAAUUUCAUGGAAUUACUCUUAAAUACAAAAUCUUUUCUGAUUACCAGAGUUUUCAGUGUUUACUAAAUUGGUACUGCUAAAUAUUAGAAAUAAAUCACUUAGUAGUUGUCAAUAAAAUAAAAAUGAUAGCCCUCCCAAAUUUCCUUUAAAGAUAACUUUUCAUAGGACAGUUAAUGAAAGCAUAUAAUCUGCCUUGUUAUUAUGUGGUUGAUUAUUUUCUCUUGCUUAUAGCUAGUUUGUAUUAGGAACGUGUAUACAGGAAUACUACUUGGCAUAGCACUGUUUUUAGUACAUGAUACUUAUUUUCUUUAAGGAAAUUAAUUUCGUACUAGAAAAGGUAAUUUAUCCUAAGUGAUACUUUUGCAUGAAAUCUAGUUUUAUUGAUAACUCUUGAUUGGUUAAUUCUUGAUGUUUGACAUAAUCAGCAAAAAUAAUUAUGAGAAUUUAGUGUUCUGCAGUUAUGUAUAAUAGAAACAUCUACAGUAUUACAGGGGUUGUAAAUGUUAAAAAAUCUCUUCAUUUCACUGUUCAUUGAGAUUGGGUAUAUUUGAAAUUGUAGAUUUCUAUGUCUGAAAUCGUCUCCCAGUAAAAAAAGCUUUUAGGUCUGAGUAAUUCCCUUUGUUAUAGAUAAAAGUUUUACCUGUUUACUCAAGAACACACUAGCAUCCUUAAAAUACGUUGUUAAAAUCCACUGUCUUUUUUAUUCAGUAGGUGCUGUAGCUAUCCCAACCCAAUGGGUAAAUGAACAGAGCCCAGGGAAGGUUGGGGAAUGGGCCAGACUUCCAUUAGAACCUGUAUUGUGUAAUUAAUUACCUAUCUGAUGUAUCUCCCUUGCCUUUUAUUUAUUUUUUUUACUUUUAUCCCUUGCCUUAUUCAGCUUCUUGAGGUAGGGAAUGUUGGGAUCUGAGUAUGAAAGAAACAUUAAAUUAAUCCCAGAACACAGGAAAUUGGACUUAUGAUGUCUUCAUUAUUUUGUUGUUUCCAAAGAUUUUUACAUGUAUAAUUAAAUAAAAAUUCAUCUCUUGCAAUUCAAUAAAAGCUAUACUAUAUAUACAUUUUAUUUUUAAGAUAUUUUAUAAUUCUUUUAUGAGCCAAUCUGUAAAACUAGAGCCUUUAUAAUACUAAAAGCAUGUGUUAAUAUAAAUAAAAUGUGUAUUUUAAAAAUCA